UAGAUAGGGUGAACGAAAACAAAAGUAUCUGGUCACAUUGUUGGACUAAGGCAGCAGCAUUUUUGGAAACUUUGCCGGUUGGCCUACGACUGAUUCACAAAAUGUCCGAGGAAGCACUUGCCGGCGUGCCAUUGGUGCACAUCAGCCCAGAGGGCAUCUUCAAAUACGUCUUGAUCAAUGUCAUCGAUGGAGGAGAUGCCUCAAAGGCAGUGGUCCGCGGUUUUGACGACUGCACAUGGCAUGCCGACAUCUUCGACCGCGAGGAGGAGGUCUUUAAAAAACUGGGCCUGCGUGCCGAGUGUCCUGGUGGCGGUCGCAUCGAACACAAUCCCGAAAAGAAGUACCUGAAGGUCUACGGAUACUCGCAGGGCUUUGGAAAAGCUGAUCACGCGCAAACGAAGCGCAUCCUGGCCACCAAAUACCCGGAUUACACGAUCGAAACGUCCGACGAGGGAUAUUAGCUGCAAUCAACGACCGAAGACUCCACAUAAAUACACUGAAAUUAAUUCAGCAUUGGCUAUGAUCCUAUGUGCCAUGAAUUUUUCGGAAAUGACAUUUAAAAUGGAAAAUUAUUUUAAAAAGCAGUUAGUCUGUAGCUUUGCAACUGCUCACACUAAACCUUUUCGGAUCUAAAUUUUUCAGGUUGUACGCAAAUUUGCCUUCUUUUCCUUUCCUUUGGUUAAAUAAAAUGAAAAUGUUCAAGUCCUUGAGUCAGCUUCCCCGUAUUGUUUCUCCGUUUC